AUGAAUUUUGACGAAAAGAAGGAAAAUAUUCAACCGCUCCGAUGUGGUCGAAAUGUGGACCAGCUCGAGUAUGCAUUCGUUUCAGCGGAACAAUGGGAAGAGGAACGAAAGGUUCACGAAAAGGAAAUCGACAGCUAUGAUGGUGAUGAUCCUCUGCUUCCGUGGUAUGAAUACUUCUACUGGAUGGAACAAACGAACGUAAGCAACUUCAAGCCCAUGAUACAGGAACAAGCGCUCCGUCGGUGUGUGCAGCUGUUCGAAAACGAUCAACGGUACAUGCAAGAUCAUCGGUUCAUCAAACUGUGCAUAAAAUAUAUCGACGCCCAACCCUCUCCGGUGGAGCUGUACAAUGAACUGUACAACCGUGGCGUUGGCACGCUGUGUGCGGAGCUGUACAUUGCAUGGGCGUACUAUUACGAUGCUGUCGAUAACUUUGCCAAAACGGAGGAUGUUUUCCAGAAAGGUCUGCGAGCCGGUGCAGAAUCGAAGGCUGACCUGGAACAGGCACACAAAAUGUUUGGCUUUUCCAUGUCACAGCGCAUGUUGUACAAGGACGAAUGCAGUAAGCUGAAAUUUCAAUCGUCCCUCGACGAACGCCGUAAUGCGCUAACUUCACUAAGAACGUCGCGCAAGAAACAUGUCGGCAGCGUUCGCACCGGGUUAGCAGUCAAGAGCUAUCAACCUGGCAUCGUCCAACAGGAAAAUGUUGCAAAAAAUGCAGAUCGCGCCAGCAAUGCAACAUCGAAUGCGAUCGUUUUUACCGACGAUCCUGGUAGCGCCGAGCCGGGCAGUUCCAUCGUUCGUCCAUUCUCCAGUGUUCACAAUGAACCGGAAAACAUUAUCGAUGCGGCACGUGUGGCCAAAGUGAAAACGACAGCGCACAAAAAGGCAGGGCUGUUCAGUACACAUCAAGCGCCGUCGUUCGAUAUACCGGUGGAUACGGAAGAAUUUGUGCCGAUCCCAGUGCUGGUAGACAAUUCUACGAAGGGAGUAUCACUGUCGGCACAAUUUUGUCGCCGAAACAAACCACAAACUCCCUUCGAAGUUGGCAUUUGUGUGGGAGAUCCGAAGGAGCGUGCUAUCCCAAUGUACGACAAGAUUCGGCUGUACUGUCGUGCAAAAGAGCUUAAAGGUACGGCUGGCGGAAGAACAGAGUAUUCUCCCGAGGAGCUACGCGCCUAUGGGUACUUUGUGCGACGAGGCAUUGAGAAUCGAUUUACCCAGGAACAUGCACGGGUAUGGGGUCGAGGAUAUGAUGUCGGUAUACGGCUGCAUCCGCUGCACGUGUCUAGAAGCAGAACAAUCGAGUCCGAUAAGAUUGCAUUUGAAAACCCAAAACUCGAUAGCUGCGACGGGAACAUUCAUACCAAAAUUCGGAACAUUUAUUCAAACCCAACGGAAGAACAAUCUCUCGAAGAGCUGCUGGUGGAGCGAUGGUUAAAGGGGAAAAUUAAAAAGUGCAUUGAUAGACGCUACCAGGAUGAUAUCGAUCCAGUGGAUAUGGAUGAAACGCACGUCGAAUCGAAGCGGAUAUCCAUGGGUCCGGCACGAUUCAGCAUGGCUCCCACAGCGCUGCACAACGAUGGCAAUAUCCAGCCUCAGAUGCGACCACGUAAAUCCAUGUUCCCCAUACAUGCAACCGGACUGGUGGCUGCCAGCAUUCAGGAAGAAACUGAAGCAGAACUGCAAAAUCGAAGUGCUAAAGCCAACGAUGUUAAUACAAUAGAACAGUCCUUGCGGGGGUUGAAUGUACCAUCACGAAAACGACUUUCGAAUGAAGUUCUUCAGCAAGAGGUAUCGAAAAAGGAGGAUUCCACACCAACCCCGCUGAAACAUGCGAUCGCAAACGAUCUUGCGAUGAAGCACCGGGACGAGGACUCUGAUACGGAAAGUGCGCCAGUGCCAGUAGCUUCAAAGAAAGUCGAAAUUUUUGUCGACGACAGUGAUGAAAAUGAUGAACGAGAUGAAAAGCUGCCAAACUUUAAACCACCGAAUCCGCAGACGAAUGAUUUCGUUCCAUUGCAACAGCAGCAAUCCUACUAUCCCAAUGAUACCUGCUCGACACAAAUGUUUAAUUUGUUCGUUAAAAACAUAAGCACACCUGUUGCAUCGCAUCGUAAACAAUCGCCCGAAAUGCCAAUCACAUCAACGGCGAGUUCAUCCGCAAAACGAAUUGUCGUUUUUACGGACGAUGAGGAAAAUGGGGCCGACAAUGAUCAAGAGAAAGGGCCGGAACCGGACCGGAUCGGGCGAGACAUUAGGCAGCAACAUUCUAACGCCGGAAUCCUGGCAGCUCCCGUGCCCAUACCGGGUGCUAUAAUAAAUGACGAAAAUGCUGUGCCCUUGAUGGACAAUGUAACACCACCGUCUGCCUCUUCUGGGUGCAAUAGCACACAGAGCCACAAGCAGCUGUCGACGAUCAUGGAGCGAACGGAAACAAGCACCGUCUCAUCGACGACGACCAAAUCGCCGGCUGAUACGCAGGCCAAUUCUCCGGAGGCAGCUUACGAUACGCACAUCCCAUCGGUAUCGUCCACGAAACUAGCUUUUUGUGAAGCUGCUGAACCGGCAAGGAAAUCUGUUUUCACCUUACCUGGUGACGACGGGAAAGGAUUCUGUAUACACAUCGAUAGCACCGAAACGAUGGCCAAUAUUCCACUCAAACGUAUGCCUAUACCUGAUGCACCAGCAGUACAGUCGGAUGAUAAGGAGAAUGUGUUAGUGACACGCGCAGCAGGUUCGCCCGCAAGACUACCCUUCGUUAUUCCGUCCGUUUUUCAACUCUCCGAAGACCCAACGGUCAGUGCGUUUGGCUUCAUGGGCCCUGGCACGAAUAGGAAUGUCUCGCACUUGGUUCAACGUGAAUUGGAAGCCAAUUCGAUUGCCUCCUUCAGAAUGGCUACGGAACGUACCAAUACCGUCCCUAUUCACCUGGUAAAACCUCAAUUUACGAUCCCUGAACUCGAUAGUAUCGUUCCGUCGGGUUCGUCGAUGAAAAAUACUUCGACCAGUAACAACGCUAGUACCAUGCUUACGAACACCUCCUCGUCACCAUCAACAGUUGUGAAUGUCGAACAGAAUACGGUGGAAGCAAAGAAGAAAAAUAAUUCCCUGCUGGAUCUGCUUGAUACAACGUUCUCGCCGAAAGUAACGCCAAACAGUGGCAAACCGAACGGAGGCAAGCGAGAAUCUGAAGCUGCCCCAAAAGAGGUAGAACGACGCAAAGAAUGUUCGUUCGAUGUGGACGAUUUUAUCAAGUCGCCUCAACCGAAAAGUAUGACCGAACUGCCUUUGGUCGAGGAUCGUUUAAUUCCAUUGGCCCCAAUUGCUCCACUGAGCAACUGUAAUGAUUUGUCGCUUCUGUCCAUGCCACCAAUAAAGAUGGAGAAAUCGCUUAAUAUCGAUGCGAGUCUUGCGUUGCCCUGCUUCCACAUCAGUAAGCCAGCGCAACCUGCAAACACGAUUGGAACGGUGGGACGAAUAGAUUUGGACGACUUUCCCUCUCCGGUACCACCGCCAGGAGCUAGUAAUGAGCGCACAUCAUUCGACGAUAUCAACACGGUGGCAUUUUCCCUGAACAUUAACAAUGCGGUCAACUCAACCAUCAUUCAGGAUGGUUUCAAAACUCCUGGGAAACAAACGCGCCAAGUGAACCAGCAGCUGGACAAUUCCAACCUGCAAAUCGUUGAUGUGAAAGGUGGCGUGGCUAAGACGGACGGUUUCCUGAUGCCGCCACUUCCAACAGCAAUGAAGCAAAGCGCGCAACAGGUGUCAAACGUUCCACAAGCUCAUUCGAACAGAUUGUCGCCGGUCGACGAUGGAGGCGAUGGCGAUAUUUCGAUUUAUAUUCUCCGUCCUGCGAUCACGCAAGAUGAGGAAAGAUGGGACGACGAAGAUGAACCGGUCGAAGGUCAGCCAAACAACGUGUAUCAGCACAAGCCGAUAGAUAUGGAUGCUACCGUGCAGCAGAUUAAUGCCCACGUGUUGGUGGAUGACAUUGAUCCGUUCGAAAAGCAACUGUUGGAAGCGUUUCUGGAUAGUGUCGACUUUAUGGCGUACGUCGCAGAGCUGCCCUCGUGUCUGAUGGUGAACAAGGUGCAACCCUUGAAGAAGGAUGCGCUUGUGAAGAUGAAGCAAGACGAUGUAGCAUUCCUGGUACAGCAAAAGAUCGGUAAAGGAACGUUUGGGACAAUCUUUAGUGCCACGAAUACCACCACCGGGAAGAAGGUUGCCUUGAAGCAGGAACGCCCUGCAAACCUGUGGGAGUACUACAUCUGCUUAGAGCUUCGUAGCCGUAUCGAAAGUCCAGACAUCCUUCCCGGCUUCAUGUCUAUUGAUUAUGCGAUCAUUGGCAAUAAUGCGAGCAUUUUCGUAUCAACGUACUCGCAGUACGGCAACAUUUUGGAUGUGUGCAAUCUGGUUAACAAUGUGACCAACAGAAACGUGGAUGAAUUCAUCGCCAUGAUAGUGACCACACAGAUGCUCUCCAUUGUGGAUCACUUGCACAGCUGCCAGAUAAUUCACGCGGACAUCAAGCCGGAUAAUUUUCUCUUCAUGGGACCCAUUGCACUCGGUUCAAAGAUCCCAUGCAUUCAACUGAUCGACUUCGGUGUCAGCAUCGAUAUGAAACGCUUCCCGGACGAUGUGAGAUUCAAAAAGGUUAUCACAACGGAAAACUUCACGUGCAUCGAAAUGUUGGAGGAUAGGCCCUGGACGUAUCAGCCCGAUCUGUACGGUGUUGCCGGCACCAGCCAUGUGAUGCUGUUCGGUAAAUACAUGCAGGUGCAGAAAAAUAUCGCCAACUGGGGCAUUAAGACGAUGAUGCCCCGAUACUUUAAGAAGGUCGUUUGGGAGAACUAUUUUACCACGCUGCUUAACAUACGCGACUGCGAUCAUUUACCGAACUUGCAAAAGCUGCGUACAUCGUUUCUGGAGGAGAUAACGCUGCACGAGAAGUACAUUCAGACAAAAGUAUCCGAAUUCAACCACGUGCUCACAGCGUGCAAGUGA